AUGUCGAAUACAAUUACUGAGAGUCAAUCGUCUAACAAUCAAAAUACAUCAUCAACAGAAAAUUCAAAACAACAAUUAAAUUCUAAUGAUGAUUAUACACAAAGACAAAUACAAAGUGCAUUUCAACCAUCAACUAAUGUUGAACAAGUAACUGAUCAACUUCAAACAUUAAAUGUAACACCAAAAGUAACUAUGCGAUCUGAUGCUCCACCAUUUACACCAGCAUCGGAAGCAACAAAAACAACAACAACAACAACAACAACAACAACAGAUGAUUCAGAAAUAAAAGUCAAAACAGAAUUUAUUUAUGAUUUAAAUAAAUAUAAAUAUGAUUAUUUCUUAUCUGAUCUUUCAUGUAAUUUUGAUCGUGACAAUGGUAAAUUUGGUGCACCAACUGGCAUAUGUGCUUUACCUGAUGAUCGUUUAUUAGUUGCAAAUUUUGAUCGUGAUUCUGUUUUACUUAUUGAUAUUAAAGGUGUUGUUCAUCAAAUAUUUAAAGAUUUACCAACGCCAAAAGCUGUUAUUUAUAAUUCAUCAGCAUCAUCACCACAAGCUGUUGUUGCAACAAGAAAAGAAGCAGCUAUUUUAGAUUUAACUACAAAUAAAGUUAUUACAAGAAGUAAAAUUCGAGGAUUUUAUCCAUGGAAUAUUCAAUAUGUUGAAGAACGACAGGUUUAUGCAGCUUGUGAUCCAUCCGGUGAACGUAUUGUCUUCCUUGAUAAUAAUCUUGCUGAAAUAGGUGUAUGGUCAUUUCAUGAUUCAACUCAAGAUCAUUUACUUCAAAAUCAACCACAACUUUAUCAAAAAGUUUAUCCAUAUGCUGCAUAUUUCUUACCAAAUGAUACAUCAUAUGUUUUAACUCAUCGUCAAGAUAAAUGUAAUCUUGAUGAAUAUGAUAAUACAAGUGCAGCAAAAAAAUCAGCAUAUAAUAUUCCUCAAUCAUUACAAUCAUAUUCAAUUUAUGUUGAUGAUGCAAAAAAAUGUUUAAUACCUGAUAAAUUAAAUCAUCGUUUGGUUUCAAUUGAUAAAGAUUCGAAAAUUGAAGAAUAUAAAUGUAAAUCAAUGCAAGAACCAUAUUCACUAACAUUUUUAUCGAAUGGUACAUUAUGUGUUACUGAUUGGAAUAAAUCACAUGGAACUAGUGGUGGAAUUUCAAUUAUUAGUGAAGUUAAUUUAAAAGAAAAACAGUAA